CAAAUCGACCAACUCCUGUUAUUUUCAGCCUCAAAUCCUGCCCGCACACGCAAUUCGAGCUCUGUAACGGCUCAACUUCCAUCAAACAGGUUUAACCCGUGGCCAACCUGGUGAGUGGAGUCCAACAGAUCGUGCUGGAUCAUGGAGAUCCAUUCAGUCCUCCCCGAGGAACGCGCGAGGGAUCAAAAGGGUGACACUCUACCUUGGGGCUAUCGGUAUGCAGAUUCCGCCCGCAACGCCCGCCAACCCGAAGAAACCGGCCCAUUCGGACGCAACCGUAGUCUACGCACGACCGGGUCUCGCACACCUCGCGCACGAACCGGAACGACGCCCGUCCGACAAAAGGAAAACACCGCAGUCGCCGAGUUCGGCCGGCUCUUUGCCAAAGAACAAGCGAAAGAGGAGGAGCACCCCAAGACCACCACAUCCAUCACACCGUCCGGCGACACCGCGCCAGUCGAACCUGAGUCCAUACCCACGGAAUGUCUACUCUACGGCUACGCAGGCAAAUCUUCCGAGUGGAAAGUCCUGAGCAAAUUCGAAUCCAUCGUCACACCAGGGUUUAUCUGCGAGGACUACCCGCGCGAAGACCCAAAUCUGUUUCUCUCGUCGAAUUCACCGCUCGGGCUAACGAGAUCCUCCGUCGUGGUCCGCGAGAAUUUGUCCAGAGAAGCGAUUCGCAAGAGCCGGAUUUACAGCGGUGGAGUACACUGGAUUAAAGUCACAUUCGACAGUUACCAGGCUGCGGAGCGGGCGUGCUUUUACAGUCCGCUCGAGAUCGACGGAUACAUGGUGCACUGCGAGAUGUGGCAGGGACGAGGACCAGCGGCGGAUGUUGCGUUGCCCAAGGGGCCGGUGGGGCAAGAAAAUUUGACGUCAGGUCUAUUGUCAGCCGGGGACAGUGGAAGGAAAGGCAAGGCGAGGACACUCAGCGCGGCAACCGGCGCGGGCAAAGAUUCUGCGAUCGCGGGAUUCGAGAGAGCGCUACAGACGCUGCCGAGAGGACAUACGAUGCCGGAUGGACAAUAUGGGCAGCCCGAGGAUGAAGAAUCAAUCACAUCGACGACCGCGUCUUCUGCAACGGCGACGGCGAUGGAGACCGAGCCUCUACUAUCACAGCAAUCUACGGGUGCGGGCGGUUUGCGCUCGCGCUCUGUGCCGAAUCUGCCGAGCCACGAGAUCACAGUCCAACAGCCGAGUCGAUCAGAGUACAUGACGCAUAUAAAAGUGAAAAAGGCGGUGCUGAGGCCAGUUUCUGAGGCGCUGCCGCCGCAGCCGACGUUCGCUGAACGGGCUGUCAGGAGCAUACCCGGUGUGCGGUUGGUGGUGGGCAGUGGGACGAAGCAGGGUGGAGGAUCGGGGACGGGGACCGGGACCGGGACGACUGGAGGCUUUGUUGGAGAAGAAGGGCCGUUGGUCAAGGAUGACGGGACAUGGGAUCCGGCUAAUGGCUGGUACUGGUCCUUUUGGCAUCGUAUUGACGACUGUUUGGGGACAGACUUUUGUGGCAUCAAGGAUGAUUGAUUUGGGAUGCUGGGGGUUAAUCAAAACGGGUGGGCGGCUUGCGGAGGGAGGUAGCCUCUGCAUUCAGCGAGAUGAUGGGGUUGUUUCAUGCACUCGUGAGGCUUAGAAAAAGCAACGGCGUCAAGGAAUAUACACAUAUACAGCACUGCGGCAUAGUCAUACGCGGUGCAUACUAUGAGUGAGGUCGGAAGCCUUCAACAGUUCAA